AUGAAAUCCGCAGUGCCUACCGAAAACGUGCACUGCAAACGCAUCCGGACAAAGGAGGAUCGGCUGAAACUUGGAUGUGAUGAUGUGGUGGUCUCACCAGUGGAUGAAGCGUUUCGCGCCGUGGUGGCAGCCUUUGAAGUUCUGAUUGACCCAGGGCGUCGUAUUGGCUUUGACGUCGAUAUGAAGAAACAGCAGGAGGAGAAGAUGGAGAAGCAGUUCCCCAAAUGUCCGAAAUGGGAGGAGCCAAGAGAGCCAAGAGAGCCAAGAGAUUCCAGGCGAAAGGGGAGCCGGGGGAGCCAGUCCAAAGAUCCGAAAGGUCCUCAGCAGGAGCCGAAGCGGAGAGACUCCAAGAGGAGAAACGAGUCGAAAGAUCCAGGUGCCACAAAGAGGCGAAAGGAGUCGAAGCCAAAGGAGUCGAAAAGUGAAGCGAAAGACGCGAACGACGCGAACGACGCGAAAGACGCGAAAGACGCGAAAGAAAACCCAACUGAAAGGCCGCAAAGCAGUGCUUACGAUUACGAUGAACUGUUUUACAAGCUCAUGUGCACUAACAGAAAGAAAGCAGAGGAAAUUCUGAAUGAUCUAUCUGAAGAGGUGCUUCGAGGAUUGGCCAUUUUUCUGGCGUCUGAUGAUCUCAAACUGAAACCCAAGGUUGUAAGAUUGGCACUCCCAGGUCCCGAGCAUGGCAAAAAGAGGAAGAAAAGGACAAAGGUUGCAGACAAUGCAGCCCAGGUACCUGUGCCAGGUGCAAAGACACCUGCAUUUGGUGCAGUUCGAGGAGUUUGCCGACAAUAUCGAUCCCAUGCAAACCCAGAUGACAACUAUGUGGACUACCGGGCCAGCGUGGGCUUUAACAACAUCCUUGUUCGUUCCCAGACUGUGCGAACAUUGGAUGCUGCAGUUGACAUUCAUAUUAGUAUGGUGCGGCUGCGGCAAUGCUUUCGUUCCCACUUGAAAGCUGGGAAGAGUUUCGGUGAGUCGCUCCAUGAAGCUGUGAAUGCUUUCGCGGCGGAGCGAGAAGUCUUGAAUGCCGAAGCCGUCAGAUUGGUCUUCCGUUGCCGAUGGGGACGGAGAAAUGUCUCCAGGACCUACCACACACAUGAAUUGGAUGCCUUCAUCAGUGCCUGGGAGGAGACUGCGAAGCGUCAGCCCCUGCCGCGGGCGCCCGCCAAGGCGCCGAAGCCGCUGCGGAGGGGUCCGAAGGAACGAGCCCCGCAAGGCGGGGUGCGAAGGGGCGGCCGUGAACGAGCACAAAGCCUGCAGGCCAAGUUUCAGGCCAGAGUCAUAUGGCUGCGAAGCAAGGUUCGUGGCAUCUUGCAACGCUUGGAGCUGAGACAGGCAAAGCUCCUCAAGAAAUGGGGCGUCAAGGUCUUGCCGAAGGACAUCCAGGAAAACACGUUUCAGGCGCCGGAUGAUUCCCUCUGUGCCAACUUUCACAUGUCCGACGGCACGCAGCGCCCGGGGCCCUACCGUCGCAGCCUGGCGGAGGCGCUGCGCGACCUGACGGAGCUCCGGCGCCUGCAGCGGCGCCAGGGCGACGCGGCGAUGCUGCGGGCGCUCUACUCGUUGGACGCCGAUGCCAUGACGGCCUUCUUCGUGGAGAACAUGGAGAACCAAAGA